AAACCACUCCAUGCUUAUCGUCUGAGUGGAAGAGGCUGCCGUGCCGAGUGCCGAUAGUCUGGUCUACCGGCUACACAGUAGACAAGGAAAGGACGCGUUAGUCAGUCGGAUGUUAAGACAAGAGAGACUUCACUCUCAGGAAACUGAAUGAGAUUUUAAUGUUGGCUGAACUGUCGGGUAACCCCUGAAAUUUCUCGUUGGAGAAUAAAGGAUCCGAUAUCAAAAUCAGCGUCUCGUAACCAUUCUUCAACGACUAACCAACAGGUAAAGCCAUGGAUCUGUAUGACAAAGAUGUGUGUGGAGACAUUCUGCCGGUUGUUGUUAUUGGUAAUGGCCCAUCUGGCAUCUGCUUGUCCUACUUGCUGUCAGGCUACACGCCCUACCUGUCCCCUGAGGGUGUCCAUCCCAAUUCCAUGCUCCAGAACAAGCUAGAUGAGAACUCUCAUCUCUCCUUGUUGGAGCAGGAUCUGGAGUACCUGUGUGAGGGGCUGGAAGGUCGGUCGUCCAACCCGGUGGCGGUGCUCUUUGACUCUCUGCUUCUGCCGGACAGUGACUUCGGGCUGGACUACGCUUCCCCUCUCCUGUGGCGCUACGAGCCAGAGCGGGCGACCCCUCACCUGGUUCUCGGCAAAGGCCCGCCUGGAGGUGCCUGGCAUGCAAUGGAGGGAUCUAUGCUCACUCUCAGUCUCGCCAACUGGAUGGAACUACCUGGGCUGAAGUUGAAAGACUGGAUGAGGGAGAAACGCAGGAAUGUGAGGAAUGACAGAGCCACGCCUGCCGAGAUAGCGUCUUAUUACCAGCAUUAUGUCACCCAGAUGGGCCUGGAGCGGAACUUUGCGAGCGGCACGGUAACAUCUGUCCAGCGUGUGGAUGUGGAGCAGACGGGCAGCACUGUGUGGAAGAUCCAGGGUGUCCAGAAGAGGGCGUUUGUGGAGGAGGAAAGCGAGGAAGGCAUCGAGGAGGAGCAUUUCUCUGUGUUCGCGGAGAACGUGGUGCUGGCCACAGGCACCCACGACAUCCCGGCCCGCCUGGGCGUGGAGGGCGAGAGCUUGCCCUUCGUGUCUCACAGCUUCUGGGAGCUGGAGGCCGCCAUCUCCGACGGGCGACUGGACAACACGUCAGACCCGGUGCUGGUGGUCGGCGCGGGGCUGACGGCAGCAGACGCCGUGCUGGCCACCCACCAUCUCAGCAUACCGGUGUACCACGCCUUCAGACGCUCGGUGAGUGACCCGGGGCUCAUCUUCAACCAGCUGCCCAAGAUGCUCUACCCAGAGUACCACAAGGUGCACCAGAUGAUGACCCAGCAGCAGCACCGGCCGGGCGAUGUGCUAUCAAGCACAGGGUCGUCGGAGACCCCGCUCAUGUCCUCGGUCGACACCAGCCCUGACUCCCAAUGCUGCUCCUACCCCGGCUACACCAGCUUCCCCAAGCACCGCAUUCUGGCCAUCCGACCUGACCGCAAGUGUGUCCUGGAGGGAGAGGGGGGACGGCAGACUGUGAUGCAGGUCUCCAUGGUCUUGGUGCUGAUUGGCGCCCAUCCCAAUCUGUCCUUCCUGGCCGAGGAAGGACGCCAUCUGGGGCUCGACACCCAAGAACCCAUCAGCUGCAGACGCAACCCACUGGACGUGGACCCGUUCACUCACGAGUCUGCCCAAGAGCAGGGACUGUACGCCAUGGGACCGCUGGUGGGGGAGAACUUUGUGCGCUUCCUCAAAGGUGGUGCAUUGGCCAUUGCUAGCAACAUGGCACGCAAGCAGCGAGAGAAGAAGUUGAGUGCAGAGGCCACGGUAGCAUAGACGGGAGCUCUCCGCAGCACCCCCUAGUGGCCUGGAGGAGUAUUGAACACUAAUAGGCUAGCCACAACUUCCCUCCUGGCCACUCGCCUCUUGGUUUUCCCCAGAGCUCUGAUAUUGUAGCUCAUCUCAGGGCUUGCAUGGUGCGGACUGCACCGUGCAGCGAGGAGACCCCUCAGGUCACAAAGAGCUAGAGCUCAGAGAGCGUCUCGUGCCAAAAGUCUGGUCGUCAUGGGUAACAGUGAAUUAUGAAACUGCAAUAAAAGCUGUAACGUGCCCCCCAAUUCAAUGCACAGGAGGAAAGAGAGAUAGAUCAAGCUUAUUUGUAGAAAUCCAACUGGGCUUUGGAGUCCAAAGGUUGAAGUCAGACAACUGUAUUUGUUGUAAGAGUAAUCAUUUCAGAUUCUUGUGACACAGAUGCACUUAGUUAAUGUUUAGGAUGGCAAAUAAUGUACGACCCCUUUUUUAUACCAGGUCGGGGUCAUUCUUUUUUUUUUCACAGGGUUUCAGGGUUUCCUGGAUAAAAGCAGUAAAAACACUACUACUACUAAAUAUUAUUAUGACACAUAUUUGAAUUAUUUGUUUCAUAUCUUUUGUAGGCUGUACAUGUGCAUAUUUUACAAAAAUGAAUCCGUAUACCCUGUAAAGAAUCCUUAAAUGCAAAGGGAGUGUUUGCCAAGCAAAAAACGAAAUGAUCAUUCCUGGUACUGACAUAGUUACUCCUACCUUUCUUUGAACCUUUUCUUUUAUGAUGGUCUAAGGAAAGCACCCAAAAAAAAGAUCUAUGAAAAGAUGUGUUCUGCUGCUUAUCUUCUUAUUGAUUGUUGUCUUUGCCUGGGAAACAAAAUGUAUUGUUGCACAGAUGUUACAGAUGGGUUAUCUUGCCUUUGGUAGGAGUUUGAGAUUUGUAUGUUUUUUUUUAUUGGUGUAAGGACUAUAGAAAGCCUUCUUUUAGCUGCAUUUCAGUCAGUGUUGGUGCUCUUUCUAUCCUCUCCAUCUGCCAAACAAGUCAGCAAACUGUCAUGAAGGAGCCAACCAUGGUAAUCCCAAAGUGAACGCAUUUUAAAAAAUGCAGUUUUAACACCCGCAUUCCUGAAACCUAACUCCUUCAUUUGGGUUGCAGCCUUUUAUUUUUGUGAUCUUUAUGUCUUGUAACUUGACCCAAUGUUGUAUGCUUGUGACCACACCAGGGUGACUUUUGUACUUUUAUUAUUUGUAAACAUUUAUUAUUUCAUAUACGUGUAGGUGGUAAUGGUUGUGAUAACCCUGUGUCUCACAACCAAAGGCCUGAGAGUUUGCCGGUUUUAUGCAAUAUAUUUCCCUGUUUCCAGGACUGCACUACUCUGGCCUGUAAGCUCAGAUGUUCCUGGGAUCUGUUGAAACCACUCUGUCAGUUAGGUCACUGUCCACUACUGGAACUCACAUUUGCCUUGGCUUUCAUUAGUCUGUCUGAUUCCUCUUUAUGCCAACUGUAUAUAAAAAAGAGACUUUUGACAUUACCUGGAUGCAUUACUUUAGUGGAUGCAUAGGCUUUUGCUACUGUUAUUUAAGCAGUGUUUAAGUAAUUGGGGUAUCUUUGAUUUUCUAUUAAGACAUCUUCAUUUGAUAUUCUACUGUCUUUUAAGAAGAAUGUCAGUGUAAUAUUUUAUAGAAGGAAAUGUUUGACAAAUUUGCUUAAUCUUCUUAGAAUGGCUCUAAUUUGUGUUCUAUAAUGGCAGCUAACCAAAUCUUUGUAAACACUCUAUGGAAUCAUGAAAUUGGUGAAAUUGAAUAUUUUCAGAUUUUAUUUGUAUCCAUUGUUUAUCAAAUACAAAGUUUUCACAACACAA